AUGAGUCGAAUCGCACCAACGCUUCUCCUCCUCCUUCUCGCCGUUUUCCUUCUGCUUCUCUCGUCGCCGAUUAUCUCAGCACAUGCCAGUGGCGAUCACGCUCUACAACAGCCAUCAAAGCGCUCCGAAAACGGGCCUGCAAUCGAGUUCGCCACAACCCCUCAAGAAGCUGCGAAUGAAGGGCCAGCUCUUAUCGAGCCUCAAUACAACCAGUUCGCCCCUCCUCCCACGCACAGGGGCAAUCACCAUGAUCGCCAUCAUCACGGCGGAAAGGGAUUGAGUAAAAACAAACUUGAGCAUUGGAUGCACAAACUGGGUCUACACCCUACCAGACAUCAGAUCGAUCAACUUUAUUCCAAGGUCAACAAACACGAUCAACAGCAUCACCGCGGGCAAGGUGGGCGCGGUAAGCAAACAUCUGGGAAGGGUAGGGGGGAUAAAGAGAAGCCUCCGGUAUGGAAAGAGUUGAACGAUCAAGGUCAAGAGGUUGCACAAGCUCGACCUGUUUCAGCGGGUAAGAUGGGAAUUCUUCCUCCUGGAACGCCGAGGAAGUGGGAUAGUGAGGAGCCAUCGGAUACGAAUAAGUCGUCUUCUCCCGUUGCUGCUGCUGUUGCACCACUUCCAGAGCCAGCUCCGAACACUAUUGCUUCUCCAACUCGAGCGAAGAAUGAUUCGCAUCCACCAGCUCCAGGGCAAGUGCUUCCUGCAAAGAACAAUGGUUUGGAUGCUCCGGUGACCAAUAUCCCUUCCAACACGGCCGCAAGUAGCAACAUGGGGCCAAUGAAGAGUGGUACGAGCGGCUCAAUUAACCCCAGUGCAACAGCUUCAUCCACCACCCCAGGAGGAGCAGAAGGAGCAGGAGGAGCAGGAGGAAAACCAAAAACCGUAGCCGGAAUACCAGUCGUAGCUGACAACGACGGAGAUAUGAAAGCACCGCAACCGCAACUUACCAACUCUACUAGUGCUGGUGGCAGGCGUAAACAAUCUGGAGCCACGGGUAAAACUGAAGCGCCAUAUGGCGGAUGGACUGUUGGAGGUAGUCUUUUAGUUGCCAGUUUGUUGGUUGUGGUUUUGUUUGCUAUCUAG